CUUCCUUCCGUUAGACAUCAACUCUUACUUUCGCGAUCUUUUUCUCUGUACUCUGUGCAAAUAAUAAAAAUGUUCACAAAAAGUGUGCAAAUCGCAAUUUUGCUGACGAUCUCCUCUGCGAUCGUUGCGGGCAGUGGUCAUGGUGGUGGAAGUGACUUUGGUGGAGAUUUUGAUGAGAUUCACAAGACUGGAGGAAAGCUCGAGCAUCUGGGUACAUAUGUCGGCAAGCAACACAGUCCACCAAAGAUCAUCAGGAUAACAAAGACUGUGGCUGUCAAGGUGCCAGUUCCUGUCCACAUUCCCAAGUUCAUCAAAUAUCCCGUCCCAUUCCCGGUACAUGUGCCCAAGAUCAUUAAGGUCAAGGAGCACUUCCCAUUCUCAGACAAGGAGUCCCAUGGAGGUCAUGAGAAUUUUGGGGCUCAGCUGGGUUCUGGAGAAGGUGGUCACUUUGAGGGUGGUCAUGCCCUUGGUGGAUCUGCUCAAGGUGGACAGGAGCACCAACUCAGCGGAGGUGAUGCUAGUGGACAUGGAGGAGAAGCCAGUGGAUCCUAUCAGCAUGAAGAAUUCAGCCACAGUGGAUAUGGAAAUGGUCUUGGGGGUGAUCUUCAACAAUCUUACGGAGGUGGUGAAUCUUACGGAAGUGGUGAAUCCUACGGACAAGGAUACGAACACCAAGAGAGUCAGGCUGCUCCAGUAAACUAUCAAUUCAUCUCCCAAGGAGCAUCUUCUGGCCAUGAUGGUUCUGGUUACCAAAGCACCGGGGGAAUUCACGAGGUUCCCGCUCCACUCUUCAACGGAGGAUACAGCCAAGAAAGCCACGGAUAUCACUAGAUCUCUUCACUAAAUGUGAAUUAUCCUCUUGUUAAAUUUUCUACAAAUCUCCUAAGAAUCUCUCUGGGGCGACGCUCUCAGAUUCCAUGUUCCUCAUUGUUGUUAUAAAUUCUUAUUUAAAUAAAAACACUGUUUUUU